AUGGAUGGUAGGAAACAAGGGCAGGGAGGGGAGGAAGCAAUGGGUGAGGGGAAAACAAGGGAGGGGCAGAGGGGGAGGGCAGGGAGGGAAGAAACGUGGGGCAGGGAGGGGAGAAGCCAAAGACAGGGGCAUGGGCAGGCGGGGGCAGGGAGGGAGCAAAGGAGAGGCACGGAGAAAGAAAGGGAGGCGCGGGGAGGGGAGAAACCGGGCGUGGGGGGGCGGAAAACGAGGGGCAGGGCGGGGAGGAGGGAGGGGCAGGGAGGGGAGAAGCUGAGCACACAGAGGGGGGAAAGGUGGGGCAGGGAGGUAGGAAGCCAAGGGCAAGGGGGGGGAGAGUGGGGGGGCAGGGAGAGGGGGGAGGGUGGGGGCGGAGAAAGGCGGCGAGGGGCAGGGAGGGGAGAAACCAAGCAUAGGGGGGGCGAGAUACGAGGGGCAGGGUGCGGAUUGAGGAGGGGCAGGGAGUGGAGUGGGUCGGCGAGGGGAAGGAAGAGGCGUGCAGCAGAGGAGGGGAGGGGGGAGGAGAAGGUAAGCGAGGGGAGCGCACGGGCGGGGAGGAGCGAAUGGCGGGCGGUGGGAAACGGCGAGGGGGGCAGGGAGGGUCAAAAGAGGCGGCAAGGGAGCGGGCACGCGGAGGGUAGGGGCGGGGGGAGCGGAUGGCAUGAGGGGGCAGGGGGUGUGACUAUGAAGGGGGGACCCGGGCAAGGGGUGUGUACCGGUCGGGGCACGGGGUUGACGUGUGGGACUGGUGCGGGCAUCCACCCGUCGUCGGACCUCCCUAACUGCCGCACCGCAUGCUGGAUCAUGCAUUGA